CAGCGAGCGUGUUGUGUCGCACCAAGGUUGUUGCAGUCCCCUUCAUCCAACGCUCUCGACCCACGAUAUUCUGCCACAAUUGCCAAUUGCUCGGAGCACUUCAAUCGCUCGAAAUGCGCGUCGAGGUUGCCAAUGUCCCAGCAGAUGCAUUUCGGGCGCACAGUUGGCUCACUCCUUGCCACCUCUUCCCGCGAUGAACAAAGUCUGAAUGCGCCCGCGGGAAUGCCCGACGACCGUCGACGAGAAUCACAACGAGCCACACCGCACCACGAAUAUCAACAGCAUACUGAUGCGUCAGCGUCACAGCAAAAUUAUACAGGCAAUGGAGAACGAGAGAACGGCGACGCGUUCCCUCCCAGAUUGAUUCCCCUCGCGCCACAGAAAGCCAAUCCUGUGGACUCGACUGCCGAUGCCGCCAACCAACCAAAUGGUGAUCGUCCGCCAAAGAGGUUGAAACUGAGCCUUCGAGCAAAAAGCAAUACAGGCACUUUACUCACUUCAACGACGGGCGGUCAGACAACACUUGACGGCUUUAUACGUUCUCAGCCGCUAGAGAAGAAAAAUCCACCAGCAACCGAGCCCACCGGCAAGCUGCCACGCCUAUCCAAUGGCACCAGAGGAGUCGCUCCCACAGCUGAUCACGACGAAGAUGAAUUGCUUAAACCUACGCCAAUGCCGACCGGUAAAGCUUCCCGGCGAACAACACAGUCGCCACAGGUGGAAUCGGCGCCGAGAUCACAAAAGCCGGACGAGAAGAGGACGUUGAGAUCACAGGAUGACGGGCCCAGGUUGAAGAGCGAGCUUGCGGUUUACUUUGCAAAUUAUGAGGACAUCAUGUUCGAUGCGCCUCGCGAGGAGGAGCUCAUUACCGUGGACACCACUCUAUACGUCACGGACGAUACACACAAGGCUGGUAGCGUUGGAGACUCGCCAAAUAAAUCCAGAGGCAGCACCAAGGGAUCACCAAUCGCUCACAAAGGCCGCAAGUCAUCGCUCAACGGAGUUCUGUCUUCUCCUACCUCUGCACGUUCGAUUGCAAGCCAGUACAAUGGUAGUUCGAGUCUGAGUCUUGAUGUCAUCGCGAAGACACUCCCGGAGGAUCCAGAGGAUCCACUCACGGACGCCCAUUUCAUGAAGUCACACAAGCGUGCGGAACGCAGAGAGAAACAGCUCCGCAACAUCGAGCGGGACCGUGCAAUGCAUGAAAAGGUGCAACUCGAUCGAUUGCUUGACGGCUUACAAGGCCACGACUGGCUCAAAGUUCUCGGCAUCACAGGCAUAACCGACGGCGAAGCGAGGAGAUAUGAGCUCAAGCGUGACUACUUCAUCUCAGAAGUGCAAACGCUUGUGAAUAAAUUCAAGCAAUGGAAAGAACAAGAACGUAAGCAGCGACUCGAGAAGGAGGCUGCUGCUGCGGCUGCGGAGGAGGCGGCGCGCGAAGCUGAAGAAGCCGAUGAUAGCAGCUGUGAGGGCAGUGUUGAACCUCCUAGUAGCGAUCUGAAUGCCUCUGCGGCACAUCAACUCCAGCAAGAAACCGCCAAUGCCCUGCGAAUAUCGACAGGCAAACUCUCGCGUCAAGGCUCACACAAGCUAAAAUCGAGGGCGAAAGAGCGUCUGAGCCUACCCGCCCAUCUCCACACUCCAGCUCCAUCGUCCUCAAAACGUCACGCAAUCACUCCUGCAACGACAUCCCGCCUGCCCAACUCCACUCCCACAAUCAUACUUCGCCCUCCUGCGCCUCCCUCUCCCGAAAUUCCCAUUACCAGCUUUUACGCUAAACGCCACCUUCGCGACGCUGCACUUGGCAAUUCACGGCAUGCCGGCCGGAAUGUGACCGCGUUUGGUUUGCCUCUCCCAGAAGCACUUCUGUCCGAAGAGCGAGACUUCCAACUUCCGGAUGAUUACGUCACGGAGGAGAAUCUAAAAGCCAAUGCGCGAGAGCGAAGACGGAGGAGGAGAGAGACGGCGGGAAAGAAAUCGGAGUGAAGGUGCACUGAUGUUGUCUCGGCGUUGUACAUUCUUGGUUGGAAGCCGAUCUUUCUAAAACUUUGUGGCGUUGUUUUUAGUGGAUUUAUGAUUUUUUGUGUCAGACGAUGAUUGACAAUUGUAUGAGAAUUUCACAUCUAGAGACAGGCUAUAAUUUCAUAUGCCAAUUCUUCCA